CGCUGUUCUGUAGCAACUCGUUAGAGAAAUCCCAUUCGCUUCUUCCAUCGUCACUGAUGUUAUGGCGGACUACAACAAGCACAGCAGCAAGCGGCUCUCCGAUGAUGGAGGACCGGAGGAGAAGGAAGGCAGUGUGAAAACUAAGACUGUCUCUUCCAGCACUGGAGGAGGGGGGAAACGCUCGGCCCAGGAGGUCAGCCCUGGCCCGGGGAAGGUGUCCACCUCGAGCCACCCGGUACCCCCAGCCCCCAAAGUCUCCAAGAUAGGAUUUGGUCUGAUCAGCCAGCCUAUAAAGAAGCCUGCGCCCAUCUCCAUCAAGCUGGGUGCUAGUAAACCCAAAGAGCCUGUACCUGUACCUGCCAAGAAACCAGCUCUGGCCUCGGUUUUCAAUGUUGACUCUGAUGAUAGUGAGGAGGAGAUGCCUGCAGAAGCCAAGAUGAGGAUGAAGAACAUUGGCAGGGAGACGCCCACGUCAGCAGGCCCCAACUCCUUCAACAAGGGGAAGCAGGGAUUCUCCGACCACCAGAAGCUCUGGGAGAGGAAGCUCAAGUCUCAGACGGACACUGACCAAUAGGGCUCCUGCCUCAUCGGUUAUUAGUCACAGUAAGACCAGUAGGGCUCGGUCUUACUGGGUUGCUAAUGACAACAGUCAAACUGCACACCAUGUUUGCUUUUGUGUGGGAUGAUGUCACCUUGAUUGAG